AGCUUGACUGACACUUUGACUGUUCUCGCCACUCGCCACUCGCUAAUCUACUUCGCCCCUACUACUUGCAUAGUUCUUGAGAAUAUGGCGCGACUCGGACUUGUUCUCGUCGUUGUCUCCCUAGCCGCUCUUACCUUGCUCCCCACCGUCCACGCCUUUGGAGCAGGUAACAUUCCUUCAUACUCGUAUUUGGAAGAAAAAGCCUAUCGUCAUGGUGACAUUGAAGACGUCAUUGCCAAGCUCUUCAAAACCGCCGCUGGUGGAUUCUUAUCGAGAGGUACCAAGUUCUCGCCCUUGGAUGUCAAACGGGUGUACUUUGGGAACUGGCUCAGAGAUUACUCCCAGGCGGUCGAUGUCGGAGCACUGAAAAAGACCAAUAUCCAAACUAUCCUCAACGUCUGCCUAGUCCUCGGCUUUCUAGCUCAUGGCUACGUCACAGCAGAGUUUGAGGUGACCAAGGAAAGGCUUGGCUGUUACCUGCCUACGGAACAUAUCGACAAUCCCAAGGGCUAUGCGGAUGGAGAAGACGCAAGGCAGUAUGACGACAGACUCCGACCUCCUGUUGACCCAAGAGAACUGGAGAUUGAUCCAAGGACGGGUAUGAAGAAUUACAUUGCCAAUGAGGGGAAUGCCUGGGAUACGUCGAAAAGUCUCGUGCGCAGAGUGUUGCAACAGUGUAUCCAUUAUGGUCGCCAAUUUAGGGUUACAGAUGAUAAGAAGGACGCCUAUGAAGCUUUCCGACUUCUAGGACAAGCUCUCCACACUCUAGAAGAUUUCCCUGCCCAUUCAAACUUUUGCGAGCUGGGACUCAUAUCAUUGGGUCAUCAACAAGUCUUCCCGCAUGUCGGUCGUAAUGUCACAGUCCGAUCUCCACAGGGACGUCCGGUCCACCCAUUGGUCACUGGUACUUUCGGUGGAGCCGACUUUAUCCAUUCUCUGCUUGGUGAGACCACCGAUCAUCUCAGCGAAGCCUCUGUGUCUGACCUCUCUCAGCGCAUGACCAGUGCUCGUUCCAUCUCAGAUGGUCAAAGUGCCUCGUCCGAUACCCUCCGACAACUCUUUUUCUCUCUUCCCGGUGGUGAUGGCGAAGGUCUCACUCGUGAGAUGGAAGACGUGCAGAGUAUGCGUGCUGGUCAGCCUGGCGGAGUGGAUCCCAGUACGAUGAGCCCUCAAGAUCUACAUCGUGUGCUUUGGCAAGUCCUGGCAUUUCGUGAUUCCGUAAUGAAGAAGAUCGAGGAUACCAGUCUGGGCCCCUUGGUCGAGAAGAUUUCCAAUUCAGUUUCAGUCUUUAUUCUCACCACCAUUGAGCCAUUUGUCAAGCCGCUGCUGGGUACCGCCACGUCGGCUCUGGGUACAAGCUCUCAGGCAGUCAUCGACUCUCAUGAUCAGUAUGAGGUAUGGAAUGACUUCAACGCUUCUGACCCGACGCACUCCUUCUUGUCCAAAGAUCAUUUUGCGCUACUCCUGAACGAGCCCGCUGGGAAAAUCGCCUCGGUGAUUGUCGAAUACUCGGUCAAUCUGGUGGUAAAAGCCUGGGACAAUCCCAACAUGCCCACCGAACAAGUCACCGAGCCUGUCCUCGAAUGUCUCUUCCACCCAGACUUUUUCGACGGCAGGUCUCAAAUUCAGCGCAUGAUGUUGGAUACUCUCCGAACGUGGAUAGACACCAGGGGGAAAGACAAGCACGAAGUGUUGAAUCGGUUGACCUCUGAUAAUGUUAGAGCGGGAAAGAACAGGCGUAUUGGAGAUACCAGCGAAAACACAGGUCACGUUCAUAACUCUUUACUGCCGGAGGGUGGGUUACAGGCUGUGUUGGCGCAACAUAAUGUACAUGUGCCCGGUGCCCAGGUUCUCAACGCUGGUCAAGAUCUUUUGGGUGGCAAAUUGCCCUGGCAACCAGGCUUCGGUGCUGGUGGUCCCGGCCGUUUCAGAGAAUUCGAUCCCAAUGCCCCCGAACCUCAGGGACAAUCUCCCUACCCUGCUCAACCUUCUUUCACUCCUCAACCAAACUACGAACCCGGUCCCCAAUACUCUUCUCCUCAACCGGGGUUCGAACAACAACGGUACAAUCAGUACCAACCACCAUCGCAAUCGCCUCAACCCUCGUACGGGCAAUACGAAUCGAGACCCUCGCCUCAUCCUCACCAUCACCAACAUCACUCUCACGAACACCACCCUCAUCAUCAGCAUGAACAAGAAGGUUAUCCAGGGCAGAACCAAGCGGCAUACCCGCCUCCGAUGGGGUACGACCAAUAUGGUCAGCCAAUGCAAUAUGGACCUCCACCAGGUCAGUACGGUCCUCCGCCAGGGCAGUGGGGUCCUCAACAGGGAUAUGGUGGACCUCCGGGCGGUUGGGGUCAAGGACAAGGCGGACAAGGAGGUCAAGGGGGGUGGUGAGGGUCGUCGUCUAUCGUGACGGAAGAAAGGAGGUUUGACUGUAUAACUGAGUACGAAGUGAGGGAUAGGUUUAUGAAUGUCAUGCUGAUAUGAACAAAGUAAGUUGGUCAAUUAGUAGUCGCACGAUUUGAAGAUGAACAACUGUUAUGGGUGCAU